AUGAGAAUCGCGGUAUUCGACCCGUUUCCCUAUAAGCACUCGCCGUUACCUUUCACCCUUAAGCCUGUGGCGCACGGUAAAAAAGAUAGCUUCCAUAAUGAUGAGUCCCCGAAGGAGUUGUCUUCAACAGUAGAACGUGUUCACGUUGUUCAUCUUCCACGUGCACGAAACAGUGUUCUUUUUGCAUCUGUUACAAAGAAACGUUGGAUAAAAAAUCUAAAAUGCAUCAACGAAGUUCUAUUCAAAAAGAAGAACAAUAUCUUAUUUGGCCCAUACGAGUCAUUUGAUUAUGUACCUCUCGGAAAUUCGAUUUUGAGUUCAUUUAUUGACACGCCGAAUUUUAUUGGCCAGAUAAACGCAGAAACUGGAGAAAAAGUCACAUUCAAGGAGAUGAAAGACAAAAGCGUGAGAUUGGCAUUAGGUCUACAGAAAUUAGACGUUACAAAAGACAGCGUAUUAACGAUAUGCACCCGUAAUCACAUGUUAGCCUACGUGCCGCUUUUGGCGGGCAUAUUUCUUGACAUUCUUGUGAAUAUGUGGGAUUUCAAAUAUUUAGGGGAUUCGAUAAGAAUUAUUUAUUUUCUACUGGAAACUAAUCCGGACAUUAUCUUUGUCGACGAGGAAAUUUCUAAAAUCCAAAACUCUAUUAUGACCGUAAAGUUUUUUAGAAGAGAAUUUUCACCGAAAGUAAUAAUACUCGAUAAGCAACAUGAAGAAUACCCAACUCUAUACUCAAUUUCGGACAACGAAUCUGAUGACUCCACUAUCAAUAAGUUUAAGUGCACCGGUAAUAAAGGAAUAGAGGCUGCGAUACUAAUGUAUUCUUCCAAUGCGUCAGGUUUUCCUGGCCACGUGCGGAUUCCUUAUCAAGCUUUUCAGUCUCCUUCGAACAAUGGAACACCGGUUAUGAGAUAUGGCGACGUAGGUCUUUGGUACGGAUCUAUAAAUUGGUCUCACAAUCUACUGUUAACUAUUCGUGCUAUACUUUCGAAUGUGACAGUGGUCAAAUCAUCGAGAGACUACAGCGAGGAAAAUUUAUGCCAAAUAGUACAGAAGUAUAAGGUAAAGUGGGUGUUUCUUGAAAGCAACAUGUAUAAUAAAUUAUCUAAGAUUCAUCAUUUUAAAGUUUUUAAGAAAUAUGAUGUCUCUUCCUUGAGAACAAUGCUAUUCGGCGAUGCAGAAAUUAGAAAAAAUAUUCAUGAAAAUCUCAUCCAAUUUUUGCCAAAUGUGUCCAUCAUUAAAGUAUACGCUCUUUCGGAAACAGGAGUCAUCGCUUAUGAGCGAAACUUUAGUACUACUAGCAAUAUUAGCAAUAUUAACAAAAUUAUCAUCAAUAUAAAGGACAUUGAAAGGAUUGCACCUACUGUUUGCAGUACUAGUAGCAACUCUAAUAGCAGUAUUAGCAGUACUAGCAGCAAUACUAGCAACAAAUCUAGUGGUUACGUCAGUAAAAAUGUUCAAUUGAUGAUUGUUAAUUUAGAAACGAGAAAACAGGUGGGAGAAAACAGUGUUGGCGAGAUUUGGUGCAAAACUCCGUGCAUAAUACAAACCUCAAAUUCAGCAAAACAUUUAGCAAGUAAAGACGAUGAGAAACGUAUAAACGAAGGAUGGUAUUAUACCGAAGAUAUAGGCUACUUUAAUGAAUAUGGCAAAGUUCAUGUCAUUGGUAAUUCGAGAGAUGUUAUUGAAUAUAAACAAAAUAUUUUUCUUUCACUGACAAAAAUCGAGGAAACAUUAGUACUUCAUCCGUUUGUGUCCGAAGCCGCCGCAGCAGGUAUGAGUACUGACGAGAGACCAGUCAAAAAUUACCCGAUAGCAUUUGUUGUACUAAAACCAGGCACAAAGAUAAAGAGGAAAAAGCUGAGGAGAUUUGUGAAACGUAAUCUUAUGGACUAUAAUUAUAAGAUUAAAGUAAUAGAGUUCGUUAAAAAAAUACCAUACCUUCCCAAUGGAAAAGUCGAUCGAGUGAGAGUUGUAAAUAUGCCGUGAUAAUCAGGAAGUGUUAUAUUUCACGAUUAUCAAAAUUAUGUCAUAUUAAUAAACAGACUGAGAUAUAUAGA